GAGAGAUUGUUAUUGUAGCUGCAAAGGAAAAGAUCAGCGAGGAGGACCAUAGGGGGUCCAUGGGGUACCAGGAAGGAAUAAGGAUCAUAUCUCUUUUCAGUUGCUGGAAGAUAGGGUGGUCAGGCUUUGAGUGUAUUUGCUUGCUGCAAUGAUUCUACAUUCCCCCCUCUGCCUUAUAAUGAGAGACUCCGGUUAAGAUCGAUCUCUCGUGCAAGGAGAUAGAGGUAGUUGAGUUUCAGGGGGGCAAGGUUGUCUCACUCCUGAAGGACCAUUAACCCAGUCUUUGGUUACUAGAAAUAGAGGCACUGGUAAAGCUGCAAAGGAUCUUAUCAGUCAGGAACAAACUGAACAUUUCAGUACACAGCAGGACCUGAACAGAUGUAUCAUCAGCAACAGCACCAACUUCAUACUCAUAGCCAACACCUGUCUUCAAGGCCUAGCUUAUCUCCAGAGAAGAAAUUUCUCCGGCAAGGCCAAGGAAGAGGAGAUUCAGGGCUCAUCUUAUCAACGGAUGCGAAACCUCGGCUAAAAUGGACUUCUGAGCUGCAUGAGCGUUUUGUUGAGGCAGUAAACCAGCUCGGAGGGCCUGACAAAGCCACGCCGAAAACAAUCAUGAGGGUCAUGGGAAUCCCGGGAUUAACUCUUUACCAUCUCAAGAGCCACCUUCAGAAAUUCAGACUUGGCAAGAAUCUCCAAACGCAAGCUGCUGUUGUCAAUGUAAAAAAUGUUCUAGGCUUCGUGACGGCGACAGAUAAAGCAUGUGAAGGACAUGGAUCACCUGCUGAUCACUUGAACCGAGAGACGGGGACAAGCAAGUCGAUGCACAUCAGCGAAACCCUCCAGAUGCAAAUUGAGGUACAGAGACGACUGCACGAGCAAAUAGAGGUACAAAGACAUCUGCAGCUGCGGAUCGAAGCCCAGGGCAAGUACCUGCACUCUGUUCUGGAGAAGGCGCAGGAGGCGCUCGCCAAGAACCAGCACGCUGCCGGCGCCGGCGCCGGACACGAAGCAGGGAAGCCGCCGGCGAGACAACGACUCCAGCGGAACGACGGGUCGGCCGACGGCAGCUGCCUGACCGCCGCGUCCGACGAGGGCAUCCUCUCCAUCGGCCUCUCCUCCGCCGCUGCCGCCGGUGCUCGGAGAGCCGCCGUGCCGCCAUUGGAGACGCCCGCAAGGUCGUCGAGCGGCAGAGAUCGAGGCCCCGAGGAAGAGGGGGAGGAGGAAGAAGAAGAGUGCUUCCUGUUCCUAGGCAAGCCGGAGCACCAUGAAGAACGGAUCAAGCUGGGAUUGAGCAUCGGCGGCGGCGAGAGGAUCGACCUGAACGGGUCAAGCUGGAAGGACUGACUGAAGCAAGCAGAGCAUUUCUCCUCUAGCUCCUCUUCUUCUUCCUCGUAGCCAGCAUGCAUGCAGCAAGGAUCAGGAAGUGGCAUGCAAUGCAAUGCAAAUCAUGCAAUGCGUUGGAGGAAGUUCCUUCUUGAUUUGACUUGUCAGUGAUUUCCAACAUGCAUGCAUGAUCAGAGGCCGUGUGUACUACUGCAUGCUAGUGAUCUGUGGGAUGUAGAGCUGUGUGUUUAGUGGAGUACUUGUUCCCAUAUGUGAAAUAUAUAGAGUCAUUUUCUUGUGUUUAAUUUUUAAAGAAAUACCUUUUUUGCGAUGAAAGAGAAGACUUUAUUGCA